CCGCGAGGUGGCCGCGGGCGGGGCGGAGCGGGCGCUGUCCCCGCCCGCGGAGGCUCCGGGGAGGUGGGCAGGGCCCGGCCGGGCGAGGCCGAGGGGAGCAUGCUGGCGCCGGGCAGGAUGGUAGUCCUCAGAACCCAGAGCUGAGCGCGUGCGGGGCGCGGAGGAAGGCGAACCCGCUGUUCCUCCGGGGGCCCAACACCGUUCCGUGCGGCCACGAUGAUUCCUCCGAACGGCGCCCGCGAGGACGGCGUAGACGGGCUGCCCCGGGAGGCGGCGAGCGCCCAGCAGCCGCCCUCUCCUGCGUCCACCAGCAGCCUGGAGUCCAAGCUCCAGAAACUAAAACGAUCACUUUCUUUCAAGACCAAGAGUUUACGGAGCAAAAGUGCUGACAACUUCUUCCCAAGAACCAACAGCGAUGUGAAGCUGCAAACAGACAUGCUGGCUGAGGUCAGUCCUGGCCCCAGCCCACUGCCUGCCUCUGGAAGCCUGACGUCUACGCCCACCAGGGCAGGCCUGCACCCCAGCAGCAGCAAGGCCCACGCCUUCCAAGAACACAUCUUCAAGAAGCCCACCUUCUGUGAUGUCUGCAACCACAUGAUAGUGGGAACAAAUGCUAAACACGGACUGCGCUGCAGAGCCUGUAAGAUGAGUAUCCACCACAAGUGCGCAGAUGGCCUCACACCCCAGCGGUGCAUGGGCAAGCUGCCAAAGGGUUUUCGGCGUUACUACAGCUCCCCUUUGCUCAUUCAUGAACAAUUUGGAUGCAUUAAAGAAGUUAUGCCCAUAGCUUGUGGCAAUAAGGUGGACCCUGUCUACGAGACUCUCCGCUUCGGCACUUCCCUGGCCCAGAGAACGAAGAAGGGCAGCUCUGGCAGUGGCUCUGACUCGCCUCAUAGAACCUCUACUUCAGACCUUGUGGAGGUUCCUGAAGAAGCCGAUACACUAGGAGAUGGGUCCGACCUGAGGAAGCGCAGCAACAGUGUGUUUACAUAUCCAGAAAAUGGCAGUGAUGACUUCAGAGACCAAGCAAAGAACACAAACCACCAGGGACCUUUUUCCAAAGACCCAUUACAGAUGAACACCUACGUUGCCUUGUACAAAUUUGUACCACAGGAGAAUGAAGACUUGGAAAUGAGGCCAGGAGACAUGAUUACUCUUCUAGAGGAUUCCAAUGAAGACUGGUGGAAAGGAAAAAUUCAAGACAGGGUUGGCUUCUUUCCAGCUAACUUUGUUCAGAGAGUACAACAAAAUGAGAAGAUUUUCAGGUGUGUUAGAACCUUCAUUGGGUGCAAGGAACAGGGGCAGAUAACACUGAAGGAGAACCAGGUGAGUGAAGCAAAAAGCCCAGAGCAGGUAUGACCAAAACCAGCACCACAGUACAUGUAAGGUUAUGAAGAAUUCCGUUCUACAAAAAGAUAUUCUUAUGCCAUCAGCU